AUGGAAAACCAGCUGUGGCAGGGCACAUUGGGGUGCUGCAAUCAAUACCAAGAAAGCUCCCAGGAUGCUGAGGACAUCCUAUUCCUGCUGCUGGGUCUCAUCAUUCUUGUCAACAUCAGCAUCAACGUGACAACUGUGGUGUGGCAUGGGAUCCAGAAUGCCUUAGACAAGAUGAUCUGUUGGAUGUGUGAGAGAACAGAUGAAGUCCAGGCUACCGAAUGUGCCCCCACAGAGCCCCCAGCCAACGUCCAGGACGUCCACAUCCAUUGUGUCCUGGACCCUGUACAAGUGAAGAUGGCACAACCCACACACUGCUCCUCUUCCUCCUACCACUAUCUCCGUCAGCGCUAUAGCAGCAGGCGCCGCCGCAGGCGCUGCCGCAGUCGCCGUCACCAGCAGGGCAGCCACAACCGCUACCCACAGGGCCUCCACAGCCACCAGCAGAGGUUUCCAAACAACAGGCAGCUCGCCCGUGGCUGCCCACCCUUCCGUAAACAACCUCAAAGCCACAAGUCGUCACAGCCGAGGCCACUGCCCUUUUUUGACCUGGAAGACCGGGAUUCCCUUCCGGAGGAUGACCAGUCCUGUCCGCAUCCCAAACACCCGCACAGGGGCUGGCGAGGUUUUUACAAGCCAAUAGGUCGGGCCUCCAAUGUGGGACUGUGGGGCCGCCAGGGCGGAAUCCUGGCCAGCCUCCCGCUACCCUCUCUCUACCUGUCACCAGAGCUGCGCCGCUUGCCCAAGCGGGUAGAAGCCAAGUCAGAACUGAGGCUACAGGCUUUCGGUCCCCGUUACUCACAGUCCCGGAUUUGGGGUAACGUGGAAGCUGAGCAGUGGGCCUCCUCGCCACCACCUGCCCGCCGGCUGCUUCCUAGUCCCUCCUGGGUCACUGUGGGCUACAGCCCUUUCCCUUCAAGGGGGCACAUACCGCCUGAUGCCUGGGAUCAGCGGCGGCGUGGGGUAGAAGACUCUGAGGCACCACCGGCCUUUGCAUGCAGGAACUCCAGGCCAGAGGCCCAGGGGUACCGGGAGCACAACUCCCCACAGGCCCACCGGCAGAACUUCCCUAGCUAUACUCACAGCCAACCCACCUACAGCCCACCCCAGUCCUUAGGACACAUGGGUUACAGCUCCAGGGAAUCUCAUGAAGUCCGCAGGCGGGCAGCUGACUGGACUGAGGUUUUCCCCUCGAGGCAUCCUCUGACCACUUCCACCUCCCUCACGGUAUUGGGCGAGGCUUCAUACAAAAGGGCUCCAGCUGCUGGCUCGGGCUUGACGAUGCCUCACUCCUCCCAGCCCUUGCCUGAAGUGCACGCUUCCGAUCCAGCCCCACCUCCAACCACCUUUGUUCCGCUCAGUCGGAAUCCAGGUGGCAAUGCCAACUACCAGGUGUAUGACAGCCUGGAGCUGAAGAGGCAGGUGCAGGAGAGCAGAGGGCGGGCCAGCUCCCUGCCACCACCUUCCACCUCAGCUUCAAGGCCCUCUCUGCACAGAAGUCGGACAGGGAAAUUUAACUGA